UGGGUAGGGAUGUCCCAAGGAUAGCAUGGAUCAUUGGGCAAUACAUAGCAUGAGCAAUCCAGGGUUUAUUCACGUCACUGUGCCGUUUAACACAUUAGCUUGCACAAGGAGCGCACCUAUUCAUGCAGGUUCAUAUAAACUCUCCACCCUCUGCCACUACUGCCACUCGAUGGUCCGAUAUUCAGUAAAGCAUCUGACCAAUAGGAACACGAAACAUACCAAACACAGGAAACGACUAGACUUCUGAUUGGGUGAUAGAAGAGCCCUCACCUCACAUACAUGGACAUAAUUCUCGUUCACGGUUUGCGGAAGUGUCUACUAUAAAUAUAUUAAAACUAAACCACUAUCGUAAAUUACAACACCAUUCAAAGGGUCAAAAUGGGAAGCUUGCAAGACCCCAGUGCUUUGACAGCCAGACUGCAGAAGACCCUCAUCUCUUACCACAGCAUGGAUGAGAAUGAGUGGAGGGUAGCCAAGAAAUCGAAAGAUGUCAUGGUAUGGAGAAAGUCAUCAGAGGAGUUUCAUGGCUAUCUGUAUAAAGCCCAGGGUAUGGUCGACGAUAACCCCAAUAGAAUAGUGGAUUACAUACGCCCUGGGCCUUAUCGAUUAGACUGGGAUAGUUUGAUGACAGCAAUGGACAUAAUAGAAACCCUCGAUCAGGGCUGUUGUGUGAUGAGGUACGCUACUGCAGGCCAGCUGUGGAACAUCAUCGCUCCCAGAGAGUUCAUUGAUUUCUCCUACACCACAGACUACCAGGAUGGCCUCUUGUCUUGCGGUAUCAGUGUGGAGCAUGAGAAGCAGCACCAGAGUUAUGUCCGGGGCUUCAACCACCCAUGUGGCUGGUUCUGUGUGCCCACCCCAGACAGCACUACCACCCCAACCCAGAGCCUCCUGACAGGGUACAUUCAGACAGACCUCCGGGGUAUGAUCCCCCAGUCUGCCGUGGACACGGCCAUGGCCAGCACCCUCAUCAACUUCUACAAUGACCUGCGCAAGGCUCUGAAGAAGGCCUAACCAGUACUAGCCCGGUUGCCAGAUUGGUUUAUGCUUUAGCCAACUGUCGUAUUUGUUGUUAUACUGAAUGUAUGGGAUGGCAAGGGAAUUAAGGGGUUGGCUAAAGCACGUUCAAAUCUGGCGACUAGGCUAAACCAAUACAUCCUAACAGCACUCCUUUUCAAUACACCAAUCGAUUGAUCAGUCAGUCUACACUCCACCCUCAUAGAGGGCUACUGAGAUCCAACUCCAAUGCAGUCCAACUCAGCGUAGGAUCCAGUUUAAGUCCCGUGUAGCUCAAUUGGUAGAGUAUGGCUAUGGGCUCCCGAGUGGCGCAGCGAUCUAAGGCACUGCAUC